AUGGAAACYGAAUCCACYGARUGGAAGUCAACAGCAAAUUUGCAUGAUGGCCCUGCUUUUUYCAGACCACUUGCUGAUUCCAUUGAGCCGUUACARUUUAAGCUUAUUGGUUUGGACACAGUAGCGACUGCCUUCCCAGUAUUCAACACCAAAUAUGUUCCGAAUUCGCUUAUUAACUAUAUUUUURACUUAUUUAAUUCAGAAAUUGAAGGCGGCAAGACUUAUCCACAAUUGAUUAAGUUGACUAAACAGGAGUUCUUAGAUUAUUGGUUUCACUCUUUUGCCGUUAUUGUUUUGCAAACUGAUAAGAAAGUCAUCGAAGAGAAUCAAGACUGGAAUCUCGUUCUCCUAGGUACAUUCUACAUCAAGCCUAAUUAUGCCCCGCGUUGCUCGCACAAUUGUAACGCCGGUUUUCUGGUGAAUAGUUCCCAUAGAGGUCAAAAGAUCGGCUAUAGACUCGCACAGGUGUAUUUGAACUGGGCCCCUUUGUUAGGGUACAARUAYUCUAUUUUCAAUCUUGUCUUUGUUACCAAUCAGGCUAGUUGGAAAAUCUGGGACAAAUUGAACUUUGAAAAAAUCGGAUUAAUUCCUCGUGCUGGAAUUCUAAAGGGUUCUGAAGAGCCUGUGGAUGCUAUUAUUUACGGUAAAGAUUUGACGAGCAUAGAACCCGAAUUUCUUUCCAUGGAAUAG